AGGGUAAUCUGAUUUCCACUACGUUGGCCUCUCUAUCUAACUUGGAGUUUCAGAACCCUCAUUCCCAACCCCUUACCCACACUCAGGGGCGAACCUCCCUGCUGUGCCUGACUGCCUUAUUCACCACCAGAAAAAACCCUCGAAACCCCCGUUGCCUGGCGCCCAGCCUCUUCAAUAAGCUGCUGCAUAGGAACAAUAGCGCAACCCCCAAGGUGACGUAUAUAUUUUCGCUCGACCAAUCCACUUCCACCUCCACCUCCAAGAAGCUACAUCACCACCCUCAAUUCCACACCCUCCUAAAAGAGCACACCACCACAACAGUAUUCCUCUAUUCUUCCAUAGUAGGCAGUAAAUUCUUGUACUCUUUUGCUCUUCGCCGCCUCCUCUCACCAAACCGGUGUCCGGGCUUCUAGCCACACACGUUCACCGCCGCAAAGUCGCUCAACAUCGUCGUCAUCUCCCAGAUGGCCAUGAGGCCGGCUCCAAACUUCAUGAAAGGCGGCAAGCCGCUUUCCAUGAUGCGUCCUGAUGGCGAAGAACUCGAGGAGUUGGCGACGAGCGGUCACGGUGCUAAGGGCAAGGCUGGCGGCCGUGGUGCGAAGGGCAAGACUGCGAAAACCAAAUCCAAAGCCCACACCACCCACAAGCGCUCGGCCAAGAAGCAUCAGCCAACCACCGCCAACAACACCUCUACUUUGACCUUGACUAACAACAAGGUCCUGUCUCCCGACUCCUCCAAGGCCACCACCAACCCCGUCCAUCAACCUAUCGAAGCUGACUCUGGCGGUGCUUUCACCUCCAACGUCCACGGCACCACUUCCAACAACAACCGCCCAUUCACCCUCAACUGCAACGGCAACCUCAACAACAACAAAGACACCAUCACCUCCUUCCCUAACUUUUCCUCUCACUCCGCUCUCCACUCCAUCCACACCACCACUACUCCUUCCACCUCUUCAACUCCACACGUCGGCUCUCCCACCAACAGCAACCGCUACACCGUCGUUGACCCCAAUUUCGACCCCAGUCUCUCCGUCUCCGUCUCCGUCUCCGCCAGCAGCAGCAGCGUAGGUCGUCUCGAAGGCCCGACCAUGCAAGGCCUGCGCGAUCAUCGUAGCGGAUGGAACGAGGGCGGCACGGAUGCCGACUGGGUGGGUGGCGGCGGCUUUAUUCGACGUGGCAAGAUGAUGGAUUCGACGGAGAUGGAGAUGCAGUAUGCGCCAGACCUGCCAUCGCGGUAUGUGCCGCCCUCGCCGCCUGCGAGCCACGAUGGGGCCCAGAGGAUGGAUGUAGACGAAGAGGAUGAGUUCGAGGACCGAGCUGCCCAGCGUGCGUACCACAGCACUCCGCCGCCGAGCGAGCCGGGAAGCGGGAUGUCGGAGGGUGCUGAGACGGUUACGGUGCGUAGGCGUAUGGGGGAGGCGAUUGAACAAUCGUGGGCCCCGGUUGGGUCGCCUUGCCCUCCUCCCAUCACGCUCACCGGGAUUUCUCCUCCGUCCGUGGAUGAGGAAGCUGGUGGUCCGGGCCCCAAGCGUCGCAUGUCGGGCGUUAGUGCGCAUCUCACUGAGUGCUCGAACUACGACAUGAUCUCUAAAGCUGGCACCUCGAAGUCUAAGAAGUCUAAGCGGUCUAAGCGUGUGUUAUCCCCCCCACGUUCGGAAUAUUCUGUUGACAUUGGGACGGCGAUGGAGGUGAGCCCUCGCCUCAUGGAUGCCAUGGCCUCCUUGAAGCGCCUAGAGCGCCUGCAGCUGAAGGACAUCCUGGCGGACAUGGCUCAGGCAUUGGCCCCGUUUGUUGGAGGCCAGCUAAAUGAGGCGAAGUAUGUCAAUGGGCUGACUGCCAUUCGAAUUGAAGCAGGACAUGUACUUAACUUUCUGGCGAGCAUAAUCUGCAAUUCGUCUGUUUCUGGAAAGAAAGGCUUGGCUAUGGAGUCCCUGUCCGAGGCCCUUGGAGAGAUUGUGCUCUUGGUCACUAAACUCUGGGGUGGCCAGCAUGAAGAUCGCAUGGAUCUCGAAGACCCCUCGGCGACUGCUAGGAAUGUUGUGGCUUAUGAAAAGACACCUAUGCGCCUGGCCGAUCUGAGGACGGCGCUGACGAACCUGCUCGUCUGCAUGACUCACGCUGAGUCGAGAGUUCAUCGAUCUGGUCGUCUGACUGUCCAAGCUGCUGACAAGCUCCUCCUCCUCCUCUUCUAUUCUAGUGCGAAUGGUUCUCGAUCAACGGUGCGACGGCUUCUCAUACUUCUGGACGUAAAGGAAGCAGCCUCUCAAAAUGGUCGACGUGCACCACUUGUCCUAUUGCGGUGCGAACGGUAA